AUGAACUGCAAUUUAUUGAAGUUAAGUGGUUUCAAGUUUCACAAAAGUUUGCUUAUAGUGUUAGGAAAACCUUCAUUCUCACAUUCAGCCGUUUCAUUAAAAAAUAAAUGCGGUUCAAAAGGUCCUCCUUGGCGCGUAAUGUUCUUUGGCAAUGAUGAUUUUUCGGUCAAAAGUCUCCAGAUGCUCACAUCAAAAAUGAGAACACAGACUAUAAUUUCCAAGGUAGAUGUUGUCACAACUUCUACUGGCAGUGGCAUCAACGUCAAAAGUUUUGCAAAAGAAGAAAAAUUAGAUAUAUACGAUUGGCCUGUUAACACAACACUCUUGGAUGGAAAAUAUGAUAUUGGAGUGGUUGUGUCGUUUGGACGAUUAAUACCGGAAAAAAUUAUAAGAUGUUUUCCUCAAGGAAUGAUUAAUGUACACGCUAGUCUUUUACCCCGAUGGCGAGGAGCUGCUCCUAUAAUAUAUACUAUACUUAAUGGUGAUUUAACAUCUGGAGUAACAAUAAUGAAAAUCCAUCCUCGUAGGUUUGAUGUUGGUGAAAUUGUUAGACAACAUAGUUGUUCAGUUGACAAAGAUGAAACAGCUGAUGAACUAAAGAAGAAACUAUCGGACAUGGGUGGACGUUUGUUAAUUGACUCAUUUAAAGAAUUAACAAGGAGUUUAAGGUACGCAGUACCACAAUCUGAAGAAGGCAUAACUUAUGCACCCAAAGUGGACAAAUCACUAUCCAUUAUUGAUUGGAAUGUUACGGAUUCUAAUUCAGUUUAUAACAAAUAUCGAGCAUUAUGUGGCUUGUGGCCAUUAAUAACCACUUGGCAUGGGACAUCUGUAAAGCUGUUGAAAGUAUGCAAUUAUCAGAUGUCAAAUGCAGAAACUCAGUUACAACCAGGAGAUUUAGUAUAUGAUAAGCAAAGACAAAAAUUAUCUGUUAAAUGUGGUGGAAAAGGAGGUUAUGUGUCUAUUGAAAAACUUAAAAUUCCUGGACAUAAAACAAUGUCUGGUAAAGAUUUUUUCAAUGGUUUUGUUUACAUGAAGCCAAAUAGUGAACGGAAAUUUGAUAGUACACAAAAAUUUACAUAA